CAGAGGAUUCUCUGAUGGGUCCCAAUUGUCCCAAAUUCUUCUCAGAUUUCUCUCUACUAAACUCCGCUUUUUAAUUGACGUAGGAAAGACUCCGAUUGAUUAACAGUUAAUUGAUUAAUUGACGAUGCCUGCGACGAACGCCGAAGACGAUCCGUACGCGCACGUUGCGAAGGGCGCCCUGAAAUUGAAGAACGAGCAGACGGUGAGCAAAAAAAAGAAGGAUAAGAAGGGAAAGAAGAAGAAGCUCGUGGAAGUGUCCAAGAUCGUCGAGGAGGAGGAGGAGCCUCAAAAGGCGGAGGUGAAGCGGACGAAAGCGGAGAUAGCUUUUCAGAAAAUGCAGGAGAAAAUGCAAACCGAGAGGAUCAAACAGAAAGCCUCCAAGACGCAUAAGCAGCGCGUGGAGGAAUUUAAUCGACAUCUGGACAGCUUAACCGAACACUUCGACAUACCUAAAGUGAGCUGGACGAAAUAAACUCCGCGAUGUUUCUUUGUACGUAUUUUUUUGUAUAAAUUUAUUUGUACGUAUAUAUAUAUAUAUAUAGGGUAAACAAUUAGUCUUAAUUUAAGUUAAAAAUAUAUAUAUGAACACUUUGUAUAUAAUCAUGGCAUUAUUUUAAUCCUUAAAUACUUUCAAAUGUGAUUUUUCUCCUUUUUAUAUGAUCCUUUCACUGCUUUUGCUUAAAAGAAGAAUAAAAAAUCUAGCAUAAAUGUGAAAUUUAAUUUAAAAAGUCAAUAAAUUAUUAAGUUUUACAAGAGACUCUACAAAGACACUGACAUGCAUCUGUUAACUUUGAUGCAAUUAUUGUAUUUAAGGGUUAAAUAAAUCAUUCUCUAUACACACCAUACGAUAAAUAUAAAAGUUAUUAAUAUAAUAAAAUAUUACAAGAAAUUGUACUUAUUGUAUAAGUCGUAUAAAAUACUCUUUAAAGUCAUACAUUUAA